AUGUCAACGACAAAACCCCCAAAUGAAGCAGACAUAAUCUUCAACCGCGCCAAUAUCGCAUUAGCGCGCAGCCAACGACUCGUCGCAUCAUGGCUUCCGCCGCGGACAACAUCCGAACAAUCCAACGAGUUGGGAGGAAAUAAAGACGACGAGAAAGAUGACGAUGAGAUAUUUGUCGCUGUUCCUGAACGACUCGGUCUCGGCGCGCCCAUACCAGUAAAGGAUGCAUUCAACAGUCUGAAUACUGGCAACACCACCACCAAUAAAUUAGACGAUAAACUGCGACAGAGGUUAUUAGGCCGGAACGCGAAGAAGAUUAUGCAACAGCAGCAGAAACAGAAACAACAGGCCGCCUUGUCCCGCGGGAAAACUGGAGAGAGUGAAGAUAAGAACGGGAAGGAAGAAGUUGUAGAGGAUGACGAUGACGACGAGGAAGAAGGUCGGACAUCGUUAGGGAAGAAGAAACAACCUAAACAGACCUUGAGAACUGAGUCCGAGGUUAAUGGGAUUGUGACUGAUAAUACACCCGACAUCGACGAGACGAAUAUAAACGACACGGAAACGCAAAUACCAACUAUACCUACCAUACCAGCAUCUAACAAACGCAAAAAGACUGCCAAAGUCAGUUACCUGGAUGAAAUAUUACAAGACCGGAGAAAGAAGAAGAAAAAGCGGAAUGACUAG